GUGGAGCCUGAAUAGCUAGGAGGCUAACGUAAAUAGUGUGUUCAUGUGCUUCUCUACGCCAAAAAUACGCUGUCAAACGCGGGUUCAUUUCGGUAUAUGUUACGUGGAUGUUACUUAAUGAGGGUUAAACUGUGUUAAGUCCGUAUUUUGUCGUCUGUGAACAUUCACUUAGUUAACAUCGCUGCUAGGUUGCUAAUAACACAACUGAGUGGACGCUACCUCUAUACCGUGACCCAUGGCUUUCUAUGAAGUCUAUUCACACCCUGCUUUGAUUCGGUACAAGACGAGUGUUUGUACUAAAGCCAGUCUGUUUCUGGUAGCUGUUCUCUGCCUCACCUACAUCUCACCACUGCUGGUAGCCUACAGGAGCCAAGGUUUCUGGUUAAAAAGAAGCACCUAUGAGGAACAGCCGGUUGUGAGGUUCCAGUAUGAAUCUCUGCUGGUGGCAGCCACCAGUACUCAGGGAGACUACGUCGCCUGGAGCACCUUCCCCCAUCUCAACAACAUGCUUGGGGCCAACCUUCGCAUCCCUGCUGUCUCUGUGAGAGAAGAGGACCAGAACCAGGACGGCAAGUUGGACCGCCUGAUUUUUCAACUGCAGCUUCCUCUAAAACCUGAGGAGCAGGUGUACAGUGUUCAGCUGCUGCUCACCUUCAGCUACCAGCUCUUUCGGAUGUCCACAGUGGCAAUGCAGAGCCUGGCUUAUGUGCAGCACUCCUCUUCCGUCCCCGGCGCUAAGCUGCUCAUCAGCGGAGAUCUGAGGCUGCAGCAGAGGACGCCUCUGCCUCACCGCGGACUGUACGACAUUUACAACGUGUCUGUGAUCGACGGCUCCAGCCCCUUUGCCAGCGCGUACGAGCUUGACAACAUAAUAAGGAGCUACCAGGAGAGAAACUUGACCACAGUACUGUCCUGUCCUACGCCAGUCUGGACUGUGGGACGAGCCGCUGGUUCUCCUUUCCAGCUGAACGCAGAGAUCCGCUAUCCUAUGGAGGUCAUUAGCUAUCGUCCUGGUUUCUGGGAAACCAUCAAAUUUGCCUGGAUCCAGUAUGUCAGUGUCCUCCUCAUCUUCCUCUGGGUCUUUGAACGCAUCCAGAAGUUUGUUUUCCAGAACCAGGUUCUUACUACUGUACCGAUCCCAGUUGGAAAACCUCACAUGUCAUGAUGCAGAGUCAUUGGUUUAAACUCCAGGUUGAUUUUUACUAUACAUGGCUCACCAACACUGAUGCAGUUUGACAGAUAAUAAUACCAAAUCAAGGGCUGUUUUGGAUUUUUUUUUUUGCAGGCUCACUAAUUGGUCAGCUUUGUAAUUACAUUACAGAAAGUAGACAUCAAAGUCUUGUCUGUGUCCCUGCUAGUUAAUUGCUCCAAUUUGAACCCAUGCUGAUGUUAUGAGUGACAGAGGUCCAGGUAGUGUUAUGUCAAAUGUCAGAACUUGCAGUAGCCUUAAGACUGAAUGUUGAGAAAAAAUAAAGGGGACAUAUUCUGCUAAUUUCCAGUUUUAUAUUUUUUUAUUUUAGGGCUCUACUGGAAUGUCUUGGCUUUAUUUAAAAAUGUUUAAAAAGUCCUCAUUAACUCAUGCUUACCCUUUAUGUAGUCCUUCAGUUCAGCCUCUGUUUGAAACAGGCCGUUUUAGCUCCUGUUUCUUAAGGCCCCCUCCCAGUGAGCCCACUCUGUUCUGAUUUGCCAGUUCACAGAAGUUGCGUCUCCGCCCACUUCUGCCGGCUCCAGAGGUUUCAUAAACAAACCAUGAAAUAAACUAUAGUAGCAGGAUUUGCUACUUUUUCUUGUUCUUUGCUCAAAAUGUAACUAAAAAACCUUUCAAAUCCAUCUGGAGCCAAAAUCCAAUCCGAAAUAUUAGCGUGGACAACGCAAAUAAUACAUUGAAAAUCCUUACCAUGUAUGGGCAUGUGACAUCAGCUCGUUGGCAAGGUUGGGCAGCAUUUCUAUAAGUUCUAUAAAUAACCUCCAAUUUUGGAACUUUGACCCUGUUUAACAUAUCCAACAUCAUAAUAGAAAAUCACAAAAAACAUAAUGUGUUCCCUUUAAAACAAAAUAGCAUUUUCAAUUCACAGUUCACUUUUUUUUAAAAACUUUUUGUAGCUUGUUCACAAAAUGUAACACUUAAGUUUACUAAAGCUCUUCCUCUUUUCCUUUUAUACUUUGCCCUCAUUUGAUGAAAACAUGAGUCAGGAAGGGACACAACGAUGCAUUUUAUGUAUAUUUGAAUCUUUUUGCUGGACAGCAAACGCUAGCUUUUGUAUACAGAAGCUGCGUGAGUUCUUUCUUCUUAUACUGCUCUUUAAUGCAGUGGCAAUUUAUAGAAAAUAUGAAUAUCUUUUUUUAAUAUUUUGACUAUUUGUAUGUUUAUGACAAAUUGUGACAGUAGUUCAAGACUU